UCUGUUCCACAUUUCACAUCUUACGUUUUAGACGCCAUUUGUUUGUGAUUCUUUUUUACCUGUUCGACGUUUCUAAACAGUUUGCUUCCAAAUUGUUUGAGGCUCGUAAAGAAAAAAACUUCUUCCCAAACAGCCCUCGUUGGCUUUGUUUCUUCCCUCCGUGCCAUCCAUCUCACCAUGGACAGCCUGCUGAGCGGGGCCAGUGAAGGGGCCAGUGCCCCACAGACAGAACAGAGCUCAUCACGUCAUAGAUGCCCCUUGCUGUCUCUCUCUCUGUAUGACUGACUGUUUGGGGAAACAAUAAAGCAUAAAUUCCUCUUAGAUUGAACAAAGAAGCCAUGCAUCCGCUGCUAUCCCUCAGUGCUUUUUGGCUGCUGGCCCUGGCCUCAUCGCUUGGGGAAGACUCGCCGCCGGGCUGUGUGCCACGCAGAUACGUACCCUAUCAUAGGGACAACUCUGUUCUGUUUCACAAGGAGGGUGUGUUCAACUACUCUACCUUGUUGUUGAGAGAAGACCUCGGCUUGCUGAUUCUGGGGGCCAGAGAAGCAGUGUUCGCCCUUGACAUCAUGGACAUCUCCAUGGAAAUGGCCUCAGUUGAUUGGAAAGUGUCCGAGGAGCAGGUGAGGGACUGUCAGAACAAAGGAAAGGAUCCAGAGACAGAAUGCAAGAAUUACAUCAGAAUCCUACAUAAGAUGAACAACGGCAAGAUUUAUGUGUGUGGAACAAAUGCUUUCGAUCCAGAAUGCGACUAUUUGUCUUACACAGAUGGAAAGCUGACUUUUGAAGGGACUGCAGAGGAUGGCAAAGGAAAGUGUCCCUUUGAUCCGUUCCAGAGAUAUGCCUCCAUCAUGGUUGAUGAUUCCCUCUACUCAGCUACUUCUAUGAAUUUCCUGGGCUCUGAGCCUGUACUGAUGCGCAGCUCUCCGGGGUCCAUACGCACCGAGUUUAAAACCUCCUGGCUCAAUGAGCCCAACUUUGUUUCCAUGGCUCAGAUGUCAGAGAGUUGGCAGAGCAAAGAUGGGGAUGAUGACAAAGUAUACCUGUUCUUCAGUGAGACCGCUGUGGAGUAUGACUGCUACAGCAAACUGGCCGUGUCCCGUGUGGCCCGCGUCUGCAAGGGAGAUCUUGGAGGUCAGAGGACUCUGCAGAAGAAGUGGACGUCCUUCCUGAAAACAAGAAUACACUGCCCGGUGCUUGACUCCCACCUGCCGUUCCUCAUACAGGAUUCGUACCGCUGGUGCGACUCCCAGAACUGGGAGGACUGCAUUUUCUACGCCAUCUUCACUCCACAGGCAGACACAUCGGACCUGUCUGCAGUGUGUGCGUAUCGCGUGUCCGACAUCAGCAAAGUCUUUAAGGAGGGGAAGUACAAGAGCCCAGUCAUCGUAGCCACUUCUUUUGUCAAGUGGGUGAUGUACAGCGGCGAAGUACCUCACCCUCGACCCGGAGCCUGCAUAAACGACGAGGCUCGCAAAGAUGACAUACAUCGGACUCUGGACCUUCCAGACUGGACCCUGCAGUUUAUCAAAGACAGGCCCCUCAUGGAACAGUCUAUUGAGCCAAUACGAGACCAGCCUGUUCUGAUCCGCAAGGGAGCGCCAUUCACUCGCAUCGUAGUGGAUGAGGUGCAGGCAGCAGACGGAGAAAAGCACCAUGUCAUGUUUAUAGGCACAGAGCAAGGCACGCUAUUGAGAGCUGUGAACUUCGAUGGAGAGAUGUUCAUCAUAGAGGAAGUGGAGCUUUUCAAAACUCCAGAGCCCAUCACGAUUCUUAAACUGUCCAAUGUCACGGGCCAUCUUUAUGCUGGUUCAAACUGUGGAGCAGCACAGAUACCACGUGCCACCUGUGAGAGGUCCUUGUCCUGCAGGGACUGCGUUCUGGCCAGAGAUCCGUACUGUGGCUGGGACACCACUGAGGGGAAAUGCGUCGCCCUUUCCAGUUCCCAGAGAAAGCUAAUCCAGAGUGUGAAAGAAGGGGACGCUUCUCUGUGCCCUGCAGCUGACCCCGUCCAGCCUAUGAGUAGACACAUCUGGCCAGGGGAUACCCUGAAACUGAGUUGCCUUUCGUCCUCAAACCUGGCAGAAAUAAUCUGGGAGCGGGACAACCGCACCCUGGAACCUGCGGCUCCUCUGCAGCGGCUCAGAGACGGCCUGCUUAUCCGCAAUGCAUCCCGCCGCGAUGCUGGUCUCUACCGCUGCUUGUCUGUGGAGCGCACCAAAGCUCACGAAUACAAAACCACUGUGGCCCAGUACCAGGUCAGCAUAGGUUCAGAAGAUGGCAAAAAAACCGUGAUAUUUCCUCCUCAGCCUCAGACCAAAGGCCCAUCUGUGGCUGCUCUGCAGGCUGUGCUUGUCCUGCUAGCCGUUGCUCUUCUCGCCCUCCUGGCCUGGAACUUUUACAGAGGCCACCUUCCUCUGCCCUGGAACUGCGUGAAAAGGAGUGGAGAGCAGCCCCAACAGCCCCACGACCACGAGACUCUGAACUCCAGUGUUGCUUACCAAAACGCUCAGAGGUCUGCAGAGGACAAGCCCCUGGUCUCCAGCGCACAGCACAACAGCGGCAGCAACAACAACCACACCACCGACGGGGGCGCACAGGAGACCAAUGCUCCCAAAGCCAACCUGCCAACUAUGCAGUUCAUUGACGACGAGUCAGAAAUUUGAAAAUGGCAAAGGGCCUCAGAAUGGAAAAGCACAGCCUUUUUUUGGCUUUUGUUACUGUGAAUACCUCAGUGGGUAGAAAAUGAGCCGGUUUUCAAAAGGCGUGAAUUUAAAAAUAUAUAUAUUUCAGUGAUCGGCACUGCAGCUUUUUUAUUUCCUCUUCGACGAACGGGGAAAAAAACACGAGCCCCGAAAAAAGUCUGAGCACUUAGCGCUUGCAUAUAGUUUAUCUCAGCUUCCUGAUUCUAAUUAAUUUUUUUUAACCUUUUAUUUCAGUCUGUCCAGAUUGUUCUAAUUUUAGGAUGGAGGACUGUGAAGGCCAACCAUUUUUCAUUUUUAGUCGUUUUAGGAUUUUGGAUUGAAAUAUAAGAUGGUCUUUCUUUUUUUCUUGCCCCAAUAAAACAGUAUAAUUCCAUCCCAAUACAUGUAGAGAUUUGUAAAGCUUUAAUGAUUGCAUGUGCUAGGCUUCCAUAAAAACAAUUAGAGAACAACUCCCAUGAACUAAUUAGUCAUACCCUUUUUUCAAACUGUUUUCUAAGAGGUCAGAUCACUCAGGGAGCCCACAUUUUUCCAGUGUGACCAAACAAGGCUUGUUUCUGUUCCAAGAGUAAAGACUCCGAUUUUAUGCCUCUUGGAUAUGAGUUCAUUAUGAACUGGAAUCCCAAUUCACGAGGUGCUGUGCAGCAAGUUUGUGCACGAUGACAUUCCAGGUGGUUGAAAGAUUUAGCCUCUGUACAAAACUACGUCUGACUCGUUUGUUUUUCCUGAAUGUUUGAAAUUUAUUUUAUAGUCCCACGUUCAUUGCAGUUUGAGAUUUCUUGUAAAGAUUUGUACGAUUUUGAAAGGCACAAAACUUCUAACUUACCAAUUUCUUAUGUGUUUUUUGUAUCAUUAAAACUUUUUCAAAGUGAAAAAAAAAAAAAAAA